CAGGGCUGAAGAGUCGCACAGACUGAACAGAAUUAAUGCAUGGCAAGUCUCUCUCUCUCUCUCUCUCUGAGUCUGAGUCUCUCUCUGUCUUGCUCUCUUUCUCUCUCCUGAGUCUCUGCAUUUUCUCUUUCUUCAGUUGUCUUCAGUCUAUGAAGUUGGAACAAGUGUACGGUAUCCAGAAAGGAGCUUGCUUUCUUCAUACCUAUCUUGCUCAGGAACCACCUAGGUACCUAGGUAGCAGGUAACUUUCGAUUGCUACUGAGUUUCUAAAAGUUUCGGUGAUUGAAGAAGUCCCUGAGGGUGCUAGUUCUCAGAUCCUCGUGUGCAGCAUUGAAGCUGCCAGCAUGCAGGGAGUCGUCUGACACCUGGAGCGGGCGUCUUUUUAAACGAUGGCAUUGAAAUAACUUGGCCACUUUUGAAGAAGGUGAAGUGUUUGAUGUGGCGGUGCUUGCCUGAAUUGCGGACUUAGUUAAGAGUUGCCAUUAGUAAUUAGCAAGGAUCACUUGCUGCAACAUGACUAUCGACUACAGUGGAGUCCCCUUCAUAGAAACUACCAUCACAUUGAAAGCGGACAGGGAGAAGGUGAAUGGCAACGUAAUAAAUGUCGCCAAGCAGCUUGUUCCCCAAUGGUCGGACAUCGACGAAGGCCUGGUCAAGGUGUCAGAACUCAGCGGCGGGAUCACAAACCAGUUGCUCAAGCUUGAAGCCACUGGCGCUCUGCCCCUGGGCGCCCCUCGUUGCGCCACCUGUCGCAUCUUCGGGGAUGCGACGGAGCUGGUCAUUGACCGAGCGCAGGAGUUUAAGGUCAUCAAGUACCUAUCCGACCACAAGCAAUUCGGGUCCAGCCUUUACGGCGCCUUCACAAAUGGGCGGUUGGAGUCGUACAUCGAUGCCUGGACACUGGAGCCAAAAGACAUGGCCCGCCCGGAGAUGGUGACCAAGAUCGCGCGCCUUCUUCACGAGUUCCAUAAGCUCGACAUCCCGGGGCCUCGGACCAGCGCGCUUUGGCCGCUGCUUUUCAAGUGGGCGGAUCUAGCUGCGACCCUCUCCUUCGACGACCCCAAGAAGCAGGCCACUUUCGAAGCCGCAGGCGUUGCAGAGUUGAAGGGACAGAUUGAAGAGCUCAAGCGAGUCUGUGACGAGCUCGACUCGCCGGUGGUCUUCAGCCACAACGACUUGCUGUCCGGCAACUUUAUGUGCGACAACAAAACAGGGGAGCUCAUUCUGAUCGACUUUGAGUACGGAAUGUACAACAACCGGGGCUUCGACCUGGGGAACCACUUCAACGAGUACGCGGGCUUUGACUGCGACUAUUCGCUGUAUCCCGACCGGGAUGCGCAGUACCUCUUCUUCCGGCACUACAUCGCCCCGGAAGACCCGGCGUCGGUGCCGGAAUCGGAACUCGCCAACUUCUACGUUGAGGCCAACUGCUUUGCGCUUGCAAGCCACUUGUACUGGGGAGUGUGGGCACUCGUCCAGGCAAAGCAUUCGCCUAUCGACUUCGAUUACUUGGGGUAUAACAAGUUGCGGCUGAAGGAGUAUCAUCGACGGAAGGAGUCCGUAUUCGCUCUUGCUAGGGAAAGGGUUGGGCAGACAGUAAGCGCUACAUGUUGAUUAGCGUUGGUAAACGUCGUAGGGUGGCGUUCAACGCGGAUGUCUGAAAGCAGACAGAGUCUAAUAUGCUUUUCUAGAUGCUUCUCAGCGUUUGCGUAUUGUAAAUUGCUCAAGUCUUACGAUUGAAGGGAAAGUGCUGGCACAUUGCAUGGGCUUCCUCCAGUUCUAUUGAAGAUUAUGUUAGUCUAGUUUCUAAGAGGUCUGGCACAUCGGGGCUUCUUAAAUGGACAUCAGCGCCCCGUCUAGAAGUAACCGUAGACAAUCAUAUGCUUAACGCCCCAGCGCAGCUGCCCGAUUUUAGACAGACACGUCCAUCACACAUUUCAGGGCAAUCUAUCAUAAGCCUGCCAUGGACUGCCUCCGACUCGUGGGGAAGCUCAUGGUGAUCGAGCUGUCAUGC